GACGACGGCCCCAUCGACGACGAGCCCCUCUACGUCAACGCAAAGCAGUACUACCGCAUCUUAAAGCGCCGCGUCGCACGCGCCCGCCUCGAGGAGGUACACAGGCUCUCGCGCCAGCGCAAGCCCUACCUCCAUGAGUCCCGCCACAAACACGCCAUGCGCCGCCCCCGCGGCCCCGGCGGGCGCUUCCUCACCGCAGACGAAAUCGCUGCCCAAAAA